GAGCGGAAGCAACGGGCGGCGGCUGGCGCAGUGCCCCCGAGCCCGAGGCACAUUCCGGCAUCGAAGCGCCCUCGAUCGCCGGUGCAGUUCGCCUACGAGCCCUGGGUGCACAAGACGACCGAGGUUCAGAAGCGACCGAAGACACAGCCCACGGUGCCCACGAAGAAACCGAGGUCAGGCAUCGAGGACGUGUCUCUGCCCGCAAUCCCCUCGUUUCCCGCGCUCGGCGCCCUGACCGCGGAAUCCAACGACGACGUGGAGGACGACGUCACUUUCGGCACUGUCGAGGACAUGCGCGCGGAGCUCGAAGGCACAGGCUCCGUGCCCAUCCCCGUCUUCAUCAAGUUCGCGACCAGCAGCCCUUCGGUCGACUUCGAGCCUUUCGCGGUGACCGCAAAGUCGAUUCACCGCCCGCUGUACCUCUUCCGGGUGGCCCACCAGACCGCUAAAAAGGUCCACAUGGUCCGCACCCACAGUUUUGCUCUUCAGCUCCUCAGCGAAGAGGGCCUUUCGGCCGUCGAAGCUGACAAACCGCUCUCCGAGAUACUCCCGCACUUGCCGAACGACGGAGCCCUCUUCAUA